CUUAUUUUUUGUUUUAUAAUAGCUGAGUCAUUUUUGGAGGUGGGUUCCAAAACCUCAAAGGAAGAACAAUUUUAACUCAGUGCUACAUUUUUAGCAUUCAAUCUUCAUUGUGCCUUCAACAUCCUUGGAAAGACAAUAGUAUUUAAUGGUCAUUUAAUAUAUACAAAAAAAUGCACCCUAUUUAGAAUGUAAAUAUGAGGCAAUUAGUUUAAAUGAGCAGAGAGAAUGUGGGCCAUCUAGGGAGCUGUAUACCAUGUAUUGCUUGUAGCAGGAAUUCUUGCAAAGAAUGCUGUGUCUCAUUGUCACGUUAGCUUCUGAAAAAGGACCAGCAGACUAUGAGAGGAGGGAGGAGGGAGGAGCACGGGGUAUAGACUGAACUUUCAGGCCAUUCAUUGAGAGACAGGGAAUGAAGGUGAAAGGAGUAGCAUCAGUCGGUGCCUGUGUUAAUUGAUUACUCAUUUUACACUGUCCUUGAAAUACGUGGGAAUUCAGAAAAAAAAACCACUUCUGGAAACUGUGUGGAACCCAGGGACACGAGGAUCUAAACCCUGCCUGCUAUAUACGUUUAAAUACGGAAUAUGAUUCUUUAAAACUGGAAGCGAAUGGCUGGUUAGAAGACAGAGGAAUUUGGUGGACUUGGUAGCCUGUGGUUACAUCGACUACAAAAAGACAUUGACCUGGGUAAGAAAAAUGUAGCCACUGACUUAACGACAUUAUUGUUAUUUUUUAUAUAGAAGUAAGCACUGUUAUGAAUAUAGAGAAUUUUUUUUUAUUAAGAAUACAGUGUAUUGUAGGUAUAGGACAAAAGACACUUUAUUAAAAGAUGCGCUAAAAAAAUGUGAAAUUGGUGGGGGAUAACCACGGACGCUGUGUUUCUAUUUCAACCUUCUGCAGAUUUUAAGUGACAAAUAGGUUCUUUACUGUAGAUGCGCGUGGUUAGCAAACGUGGAUAUCACUUGCAGGACUGUUCAAGUUGUGAUCUUUUACACCAGUUUUGUGAGUUUUACACUUUUUAGAUUGUAGUAAAUUCUCCAUAUAUACUUUGUUUAACCCACUCUGUUGCAGGUCAUGGCAUCUGUUUUGUGCCACAAACGCUUCAACAAUCUGCCCAGUUUUUUUAUGAUAUCCCCUAUGGAACAGAAUAGGAUAAUCCCUAAAUACUAAAAGCACUAGUCUAGACCAUAUUGUCCAUCUCAUCUAGAGUAAUGAAUCGUAACCUUUGGUACUCCAGCUGUAGAGGACUAUAUUUCCCACGAUGCUCAGCCAGCUGAAUGGGCAGCACAGCUCAUUUGAGUUCCAAAGGUGCAAUCACUGACUUAGAGUGUAAGCUCUGUGGGUCAGGAGCCUCUGCUCCAAAGUUUUAUAAUUGUAUCAUGCUCCUUGGACCUUUGAAAUUCUAUAUUGCAAUGCCAUUGUAAAAUGUGUAGACAAUUAGUGAUGCAGUAUUCUGAGAAGCUUGCACUUGAUUUUCUUUUUGAUUUAGAUAAAAUCCCUGUUUCUAUACAGGUUUGCGGUUUGUCUGUUUCUUGCUAUGACUGAGAGCGUAUUCAUUUCUUUAACGAAUACCAAGUGUAUCGCAUGCUAAUGGAACACUUUCCUCUUUCAUGUCAUUUUCUUUUGCACCAUUUGUCUGUCAACAGUUCUCAUUAUCCAUAUCGGAUGGUCGGACUUGUGGUCCACCGAUAACUGCAAGUUACCAUUCCUGCUUAUGUUCUCUGUGAAAAUAAAAUAUAAUUGGAAAAUCCAAUUUUGGUCUUUUUUUUUUUUUCACAAAACUGAUUUGUGGUCAAUCGAAAACCAUUUCAACAUUCUAUAUUCAGAACUUGGUCGUUUUUGUUGUUUGUUUAUUUUAAUUAAGGCUUUACCUUACCUCAUUUCACGUUUUAGUAAAUAAAAAAAUAAACAACUUUAGAUUUUUCGCUAAACCAAGAUUUAUAGAAAAUAUGCACAAUGACAAUGUAUCUUGUCAUAGACAUGACAUCCUCUCCUUGGUUAGAAUGUAGAAAGGAGAACUUGCUCACAAUAGAAGAUAUUGAUACCUUUAUCUUUAUGACACAUGUAUUGGAUAUCCUAAUUUGAAGGUUAGAAACCUGUUUUCUUGAUAACAAUUUUAGGAAGUGGUGUACUUACCGACUAGCAAGUUUUAGAAUUGUUUUGUACACUUGACUCUGGAAAUUGUAGUUCCUACAGCAGACUGUUAUUUUAGUGCUGCGCCUAUGUUGCAGACUAGGGGUGACCAAAGGACUCACACCCAGAUGUUAUUCUAACCACAUCUGACACAAUUCUUUGUCAACCUUGUUUUGCCCAUUCCUGUUUUACAAACAUUGCAUUUCAGAUAUAUGAGAGGGUCAUAACCAACCAAUUGAAUAUAGACAAUGGAUACUGUGCAUAAUCUUCAAACUCUCUCAAUUUCCAAUUUGUGCGUAAUUCUUUCUCUUGUCCAAUUGUCAAAUUCCCCUUCUCCAGAUUAUUCUAAACAAAUAAUCAUAACAGGUAUGCACACUGCUGUGAAUUAAUAAGAAAAAAAAAAACAAUCAAUACAUUUAUUUUUUUAUAUGAUUGUAAUCCACUUGCAACCCUCUGCCUUCCUUAAAAUGUGAAAAAAAGUAAAUUUUAAGGCAUCUCCUGGUAUCGACUGCAACUCCUAUGAUGCUCAUCUAGAAUGAUAGCUGACUGGCACCAUGGGAGUUAAGGGCCCCAUACAUAGAAUGCCAUCUUUGGACCUGAGUCAGAAUCAACAUUCUCACUUCAAGUAUAUAAGAAAGUAUAUACUUAGUAAGCUUGGGAUCAGUUACAUUAUCUCAAUGAAUAAAUGUAAUAAUGUGUAUUAAGAAAAAUAGACCACCAGCUGUAGUAGGAUUGCAACUCCCAUAAAUCUUAGCUGCCUUUUGUGGCUCCUGGAACAUGUAUUUGAGUGACAGUUGGAAGUUAAUAAAUAACUAAGGAAUCAAAAAAAGACAAUCUACAUAACUUGCUCUCAUAUCAUUUCUUGUCACCCUGUUUCUACAUCCCCCCAGCCCACCUUUUUUAAAUAUGUUUUUGCUCCGCUAUGAGUUCUGGUAUACAUUACAGAAUUUCACGUAUCACCAAACUGAUGUACCUUGUCCAUGCUACGCUAAUUUCCUCCUUUCCAGUACAAGACAUUUCUUUUACUGGAUGUUCAGAACAUACCUUGCGCAAAACACUUACCCCAUGCAGUUUCCUGGAGAGAAAUGUACAUUGACUGAUUUCACACCACUACUGAAAACAGUGUAAGACAUAAAGCUUGCUAGUGUGCUUCUAACAAAGAGUGAACGCUUGAACAACGCUAAAAUGUAAGAGAAGGGGGUGAAAUGGAGAGCUAGCACAAGUAUUUAUCCUUUGGCUGCCUUAUUGUCAGUUUUCUAUUUUGUUAAUCUGGUACCCAUGCAGUAUAAUACAUUGAGUUCUACAGGUUUGGACAGCAAAUAGUAGCUCAUCCCCCUUAUACACUUUGUUAAAUUUUAGAGGUGCAUUAAAUGAUAAAUGUUGUUAUAAUUUUGAACUAAAAUACCUGAUAAGAGGGUAAUUAAAAUGUUUGUUGCAAUAACAUCACUUUAAUGUGCAUCUUGUUAAAAAAAAUGAAAUAUUCCUUUGAAAUUAAAAUAAACACAAAUAAAUCAAUUUUAAUAUGUCACUUGCUUUGUUUUAGGAAGAAUUACAUUUCGUGCUGGUACCUUGGCCCAUUUUCUUUACAAAAGCACACCAUCUAGAGACAAUCUGGUGGAACUACAGCAACCAUGACUCCAACCAUGUUUCCUACCAAAAAGAGUUAUUACAACCACGACAUCAUCGUCAGACAUUACAACUACACAGGGAAAUAUAAAAGCAAUUUAAAUAAUGACAUCAAAUUAUCAUCCAUAAUCUUCAUUAUCAUCUGCUGCUUCAUCGUGCUCGAGAAUAUCCUGGUUCUUCUUACCAUCUGGAGAACCAAGAAGUUUCAUCGACCCAUGUACUAUUUCAUUGGCAACUUGGCUCUCUCGGAUCUCCUGGCUGGAGCUGCUUACACUGCCAACAUUCUGCUCUCUGGAUCAAACACUUACAACCUUACACCAGUUCAAUGGUUGGUACGAGAAGGGAGUAUGUUUGUGGCCCUCUCUGCUUCAGUGUUCAGCCUCCUAGCCAUCGCCAUUGAACGCUACAUUACAAUGUUAAAAAUGAAGCCGCACAAUGGCAGCAAGAGCUCUAGGUCCUUUGGCCUCAUCAGUAUUUGUUGGCUUCUAUCUCUGUUUCUUGGUUUUCUGCCCAUCAUGGGUUGGAAUUGCAUUCCUGACAUGGAUUACUGCUCAACUGUACUUCCAUUAUAUCAUAAACAUUACAUUCUCUUCUGCACAACUGUUUUCUGCAUUCUUUUAAUGGCUAUUGUGGUUCUGUAUGCCAGAAUUUAUUUCUUGGUAAGAACACGCAGCAGGAGCCUAACCUUUAGGAGGAACUUUGCCAGAACCAGCAGGAGCUCAGAAAAGUCCAUGGCAUUACUCAAAACAGUCAUUAUUGUCCUCAGUGCAUUUAUUCUCUGCUGGUCCCCUCUCUUCAUCUUUCUUUUGCUUGAUUUUGGAUGUAAGGUUAGAGCUUGCCCUGUUUUGUUCAAAGCCGAGUACUUUUUGUCUCUUGCAGUUCUCAAUUCUGCAACAAACCCUAUUAUCUACACUCUUACUAACAGAGAGAUGAGAAGGGCUUUCCUAAAAAUGGCCUGUUGCUGUCAAUGCCCAGUUUUUAACAGUGGAGCAAAAGUCAAAAAGCCCAUUAUUACAGGAAUGGAGUUCAGCAGGAGUAAGUCAGAUAAUUCUUCCCACCCGCAGAAGGACGAAGGGGAAUACCCUGUGACCCUUAUGUCUUCUGGAAAUCUGACCUCCUCUUCCUAGGACUUGUGAAGACUGGAAUUGGAUAUACCUUGUUGCAGUUAUGCAAGAACAUAAAGGGAAAAAUCAUCUCCUUCGUAAUCUGGAUAAUGCAUGGGCAUUUGGAUUCCAGAAAAGAUAGCAUUAGUUCUGAGUGGAGAUGCAAAGCACCUCAAGGAAGAUCUGAUAAUGAGUAGUGGAACUAUAAAGACUUUGUUGUUACUCAUGGAACAAUUGGUCUACUGAGAGCACGUGCUUGGAUGGAAUGGGGAUUUAAAAAAAAAAAAUAUUUACAUAGACAAUUUGAAGUGCUUUGGUGUGGGAGUGAAAAUACACCUAAUCCUAUGUGCGGCUCUUUAAUGUGAUUUGCUUAGCAUCACUUACCCAAAGCCACUAGGAUACAACAUUUCUAUACUGAUUUAUAGAAUAUGACUUUCUUGGAAAGAUGUAAUGAAAAUAUGGGUUCUCCUUUAAUCCGUGGGUCAACAUUCUCUAUUUUGUUCCUAUAGAAGAGUAUCCACUGAUAUCUGUAAAAGAAAUGGCUUGCGGCUUUAGAGCAGAUGGUAGUUACUGAAAGUUAGAACUUGGACCCUCAAUGGGUUACAACCAAGUAGGAGACAGAUUAGUUUCCUGGCCCACACAUAUUACAUAUUUUAGUAGGUUCUUCGUAGAGCAAACAUACGUUGACGUGGGACAAUAAAUGAUGUCUGGCCAAGAGUAACUAAGAUAAACGUAACCACACAACUAUUGUAUUUGAAUAAAUUAAUUAGAUUUGCCAUCUUUUAUUUACCCCAUGCUAUAAAUGUAAUUUCCUCUAUGUAUCUACUUAUAAUUGAAUUCCUUAUGGUAGAACUGAUGGAAAAAUCAUUAAGCAGAAUAAUGUAAAAAGAGGAGAGCCUUCACUCCAGUGAAAGAAUCUCUCCACCUCCCAUAUUCUCUCUCUUCUAUAUGUAAAAUAUAAAAUACGCUAACAAAACAUAGGAACAUGAUUAUUUUUUUCUCACAUGAGUUAUUUUUGUUAAAGCCAGCAAAUAUUUUUUUUUAUCUGAUAAAGUCCAUAUCCAGGGAAUUAGAGUUCUUCUAGAUGAUAUUAGGUGCCAUCUCCCAUGGUACCCUACAACUCUUAAACUGUAGCACCCAUCAUUAAGCAUUUUUGCUACUUAUAGAACAUUUUAAAAAUGAUCCUAGUACGUAAAGUGGAAUGAAUCUUUAUUAAACUGGUCUAAAAGAAAGCUUUCCUAUAACUAGCUAUCUAGAAAUAACACGGUUAAUUCAGUAACAUUAAUUAACCAACUAAUUAGGCAACUUAACGCCCCAGCGGUGAGAAUUGCAGAGAUGAAUUUAUUUAUUUAUGUUUUUUAUUGAUGAGACACUUUUUUUGAACAGACUUUAAUGUAAAUCUUCUGUUGCAAUGCAUUGCUGCCAAACGCAUUUUUACAACAUUCUCUUUUAACAGCUGCCAUUGGGCCAUACAAUCUUACAAUAAAAUAUUCAAUUUGAAAGAGUUUGCAACGAGCUGGAUUAAGAGGUGAUCAGUGUUGCAGAAUGUGUGGGUCAUAAUUAUUUUCUUACAGAGAAUAAUUUUAGAAACGAUGGGCAAAGCUGAUCUGUUUCUAAUAACUGAGGUUACACGAGGAUACUGAUUAUCUUCGAAAAGAUGUUUGUUGCAAAAUUUAAUUUUGAGCUGUGUUUUGUUUUGAUAUAUUUGCAAGCAACUUUCAAAUAUUUGACCUUUAUCAAUGGCAGCCACAAUUUUCCAGGCACUUGUUUUGGCACUUAUUUACUUACUGGCACUGCCAAGCUUAAAGAACAUGGCACCUUCUGGUAUAUCAUUGUUCCAUUAUGGGUAAGCAUAGUUUGCCAAACCCAUUUUAACGUAAACAGAAGAGGUGUGCCAAGUUUUUUAGCUUGGUAUAUGGGAUUGGAGUGGAAGAGGUGGUCUGAAAUUGAGCAAACUGGCAAGCAGUGCAUCUAUCAGUAACCUUUCGGCAAUAAUGCAACUAUCUGUGAAUGUAAACGAUAAAACAAAGUGUUAUUAAUUAAACCCAAAGAAACUGGGAAAGCCAUUUCUUUGUGGUUGCAAAGCUGUGUUGUUCUAAACGCAAAUUGUUGUUUUUUGCAAAUGGUUUCCAAGUAGCUAUUUGUGAAGCACGACUAUUUCUACUUGUCACCUUUUUGUAGUAUUUUUUUUUUUAUCAGUGCAAUUAAUUUUUAUUUUAUUUAGUAUUUAAAAUGUUCCUGACUUUUCUUUGUUGAAUUUGCACAUAGUGAAUUUGUAUUUAAAAUUUAAACCUAA